UUCUAAAAGACGUCUUUUAGAAGUUUAUGCUGUUUGUGUAGAAGAUUAUAAGUUUUUUUUCUUACGUGAAAUUGUGAAAAAUUUUAUUAGCGAUUUCAAUGAAACUACUUUUUUCACAAAUUUAUGCUAGAAGAAAUUCAUGAAUUUUACAUGAAAAAAGAUAUCGGCUACGUCUUAGUACUUACUAUCAAUACUGAAAAUCUAUAAUUUAUGUCACGAAUACUCUAUAUUUUCAGUACUAGUAAUGAAAUCGAAACGUAACCUUCAUUGCGUAAUGUAAUGUUCUAUUAUGCUAGGUUUCCAUAUAUAUUACAAUGAGAAACGGAGUGCCUGUGAUAAGAAACUCGUGCAAAGUGUUAAUUCGCACUAAACAUUCCUAACCUAUUGUCUCUAAAGAUCUCGAUAAUAAAUAGUAAAUAUUUGGGAGGAUUUACCAAAAUAAUAGGAAAGUAUAUUGUAAGAGCCAGACGAAUUUUUGUAAAUCGACAGCGACAUGGCAAACACCGGUUUAUUAAUUUUGACGAAUCCUGCGUCAGUGAAGGUGCUACUGCCUGUAAUCAAGAAGCACGUUUUAAAGACGCUGUACAUACAAUAUCUUCCGGAAAAAAAUAUUUUUGCAUCGGGAAAAUACGGUAACCCAACAUCACAACGGAGAGGCCCGCAAUGUUCUCAAAACAUCGUGGACAUUUAUGUGAACACGUCUACAAUCGCUUCUAGACUCGACGUUCGUGUCUUGCUCACUAACAUAAAGUAUCCCGACAAAUCCGUCAUAAACACCAAGAAACCCGUAGAAAUAGUUAUUUUUGAUCGAACGUACAGUAAAAAGGAAGCCGACACAUUUAUACAAGACUAUCUAGCCAAUACGUCGAUGGACUACAGUUUUGUUACUUGUAACGACGAUCAAGAUCAAAACGAUCAUAAAGAGGUGGAAUACCGUGUUCAGAAUGUAAAAACUUAUAGGAAUGUGGUACUGGGCGGCACAUUCGAUCGAUUGCACAAUGGUCAUAAGAUAUUGUUAAGUGAAGCGGCUUUACGCUGCACAGAAAAACUUACUGUCGGUGUAACCAAUACAAAUAUGAUUUCCAGUAAGAUACUAUGGGAGCUUAUAGAGCCAUGUACAAAAAGAAUAAAGAAAGUUAAGGAAUUUUUGGAAGAUGUAGAUUCCUCAAUAACGUGCAAUGUUGUUCCUAUCGAUGAUAUGUAUGGACCUACCAAAGAAGACCCAACACUUGAAAUGAUAGUUGUGAGCCAAGAGACAAAGCGUGGUGGUGACAAAGUCAAUGAGUUGCGUUUACAAAGGAAUUUAAGUAAAUUGGAUAUUCAUGUGGUAGAUUUGGCAAUUGAUGAACAUUAUAAUGAACAUGAGGAAGCCAAAAUCAGCUCGAGUAAUCACAGAAUACGAUUGCUUGGCACGAGACUUCGACCUCCUAGGUUAAACAACAAACCUUUGAAACCGUACAUUAUCGGCCUGACUGGCGGUAUCGCGAGUGGAAAAUCUUCAGUCGCUGGAAAAAUAGAAAAACUCGGUGCUAGUCUUGUAAACUGUGAUAAGUUAGCUCACGACUUAUAUUUACCUGAAAAAGCCGGUUUUCCUAAAAUAAUCGAGCAUUUUGGUCCUUCCAUUCUCAACUCUGAUGGAUUUAUAGAUAGAAAGGCACUUGGCAAUAUAGUGUUUAACGAUAAGGAACAAUUGGAAGAACUAAAUAAACUGAUUUGGCCUUUGAUUUUGCAUGAAGCUAAAAACAAAAUAGCUGAUCUGUAUUCUGAAGGUCACGAUAUCAUUGUGAUGGAAGCAGCAGUUCUAAUUCAAGCCAAGUGGCAGAACACUUGUCACGAAAUUUGGACUUGUAUAAUUCCUCAAAAUGAGGCUAUAAAACGGGUAAUGGAUAGAAAUGGGUUAUCUGAAGAAGCAGCGAAAUCGCGAAUUCAAAUACAACCAAGUAAUACUGAACAGGUAAAUGAAGCGAAUGUUGUCAUAUGUACUUCGUGGAGUCACGACUUUACACAGAAGCAAAUAGAAAGAGCAUGGAAAGAAAUUACGUUAUUCAAAGAACAACUGAAUGAGUAAGUUCUAUAUAUGAAUACUCACAUGAUUUUUUAAUAGAUGCAUAGAAUAGACGAUAAUCUUUUACAUCAGCAGAGAAAGCAACUCAGUUAUUUUAAAUUCUCGAUAAAUAUACCAAGAGAAUGUACCCAUCGGGAGCAAUCGUUAAACACUCAUUGUUAUUUUCUCUCUGUUAAACGCUAGCAAUUAUUUUCUUAUAUAGGAAAUAUACAUCGACACAUAUAUAUUUAUAUUGCGAUAUAAAUAUAUUUACCAAAAUAUGUAAAAAGAAACAUAUAUAUACACACAUAUAUAGAAAUAGAGCUGAAAGAGAGAUUUUUUAAAAUGUAAAAAAAUAUAUUCUUUCCAAAAAAUAAAUUCUUUUAUUGGAUACGAAAGUGGCAAAGUUGAUUAAAAAAAAGUGUUACAACCUUUCUGCACGUGUUUAAUCAAUGUAAAUAACUUGGAGUCUACGACUAAAAGGAGAAGUGUAAUAUUAUGUUAAUCAUGUUAAAGCUAUUUGAUAUAAUUCUGGUGUUACACCAUUGUGUGGAACUUCGACUUUUCGACAAUAUAGUAUAUAUAUAUAUAUAUAUAUAUAUAUAUAUAUAUAUAUAUAUAUAUAUAUAUAUAUAUUAU